AUGUGGUCAUGUGCCCGCAUCUCCUCCGCCGUCUUCACCACCGCUGCUUGCUCCUCACCGUCGCCGCGCGCUCCCCACCUCUCCCUCGCCUCAGCCACGGCGCGCGUGCGGUCAGGGACGCUCCGCCCUGAGGAGGCACACCACCUGUUCGACCAAUUGCUGCGUCAAGCCACCCCCAUCCCCGAGCGCUCGCUGAACGGGUUCCUCUCUGCGCUCGCGCGUGCGCCGUCCUCCGCCGCCUGCAGAGAUGGCCCUGCCCUGGCCGUCGCACUCUUCAACCGCGCGUCUCGUGCUGACGGGUCACGGCCCACUGGUGCUGUCCCCCACAUUCCACACCUAUGGCAUCCUCAUGGACUGCUGCACCUGGGCGCACCACCCGGAGCUAACGCUGGCCUUCUUCGACCAGCUCUUCAAGACAGGCCUGGGAAUCAAUACCAUCAUCAUCAGCAACCUUCUCAAGGGCCUUUGUGA